AUGGGUGUCCCGAAGUUUUACCGAUGGAUUAGCGAACGCUAUCCAUGUCUUAGUGAAGUGGUCCGCGAGUAUCAGAUCCCAGAGUUUGAUAACUUAUAUCUGGAUAUGAAUGGCAUAAUCCACAACUGUUCCCACCCUAACGACGAAGACGUGCACUUCCGCAUCAGCGAAGAGAAGAUCUUUCAGGACAUCUUCCGGUACAUCGAGUUCUUGUUCCGAAUGAUUAAACCGCGCAAAGUGUUCUUCAUGGCCAUCGAUGGCGUCGCCCCCAGAGCUAAGAUGAANACCCUAACGACGAAGACGUGCACUUCCGCAUCAGCGAAGAGAAGAUCUUUCAGGACAUCUUCCGUGUUCUUCAUGGCCAUCGAUGGCGUCGCCCCCAGAGCUAAGAUGAACCAACAGAGGGGUCGACGCUUCCGGUCGGCCAAAGAGGCGGAAACGCGUGAACUCGAGGCCAUAGAAAAGGGCGAAACACUUCCCAAAGAGAAGCGGUUUGACUCGAAUUGCAUUACUCCCGGCACUCCAUUCAUGGAUCGACUCCAUCAGCACUUGAAGUACUUCGUGACCAAUAAGAUCUCGACCGACGAUCUCUGGCGUGACGUCAAAGUGAUACUCAGCGGACACGAGACCCCCGGAGAGGGAGAGCACAAGAUUAUGGACUACAUUAGGUUCGAGAAGUCGCAGCCAUUUUACGACCCAAACACUCGCCACUGUUUGUACGGUUUGGACGCCGAUCUCAUUAUGUUAGGCAUCGAAGAGAAGAUCUUUCAGGACAUCUUCCGGUACAUCGAGUUCUUGUUCCGAAUGAUUAAACCGCGCAAAGUGUUCUUCAUGGCCAUCGAUGGCGUCGCCCCCAGAGCUAAGAUGAAUCAACAGAGAGGUCGACGCUUCCGGUCGGCCAAAGAGGCGGAAACGCGUGAACUCGAGGCCAUAGAAAAGGGCGAAACACUUCCCAAAGAGAAGCGUUUUGACUCGAAUUGUAUUACUCCCGGCACUCCAUUCAUGGAUCGACUCCAUCAGCACUUGAAGUACUUCGUGACCAAUAAGAUCUCGACCGACGAUCUCUGGCGUGACGUGAAAGUGAUACUCAGCGGACACGAGACCCCCGGAGAGGGAGAGCACAAGAUUAUGGACUACAUUCGGUUCGAGAAGUCGCAGCCAUUUUACGAUCCAAACACUCGCCACUGUUUGUACGGUUUGGACGCCGAUCUCAUUAUGUUAGGCAUGUGUUCACACGAACCCCACUUCUCACUGCUUCGCGAAGAAGUGAAAUACAUUCGCAGCAAAACCGAGAAAAACAAGAGAGACUCGAAUCCAGAAGCGAUUACUUUUCAUUUGUUUCAUUUGUCGCUAUUUCGCGAAUAUCUGGACCACGAGUUCUCCGAACUCAAGACAUGUCUCGCAUUUGGUUAUAAUCUUGAGUCCAUUAUUGACGACUGGGUUCUCAUGGGUUUCCUCGUGGGCAACGACUUCAUACCACACAUCCCUCACUUCCAUAUAAACAAGAGCUCACUCUUGAAGUUAUAUUCUGUAUAUAAGAAAGUGUUGCCAACACUUGACGGGUAUCUCAACGAAGACGGAAAACUCAAUUUAUAUCGAUUCCAGAUAUACAUCAAUGAGUUGAAGAACAUAGACAUCGAUAACUUCAACGACACUUACGCCGACCUCAAGUACUUCGAGUCUAAAACGGGUCGAAAACUUGGCGCCAAAGAUGGCAAUGGUAUCAAAAUUCCGUGCGAUUUAAUCCCAAACAACGAGGUGUUGAUAAAUCUGGAUAAUAGCGAUUCAGAAGUGGACGAAGUGUACGAAAGCAGUGAUUCCGAUAUGUUUAUGGAAGAGUUCGCGUCCCAUAAGCGAGACUAUUAUAUGACAAAAUUGAAUUACAGUCAUGUGGACGACUCGGUCCUCAAAGAACAGGCGUACGAAUACAUUCGCGCCAUUCAAUGGAAUCUACACUACUAUUACAACGGCUGUAUGUCUUGGAGUUGGUAUUACCCGCACCACUACGCGCCCUAUAUUUCAGAUGUUAACAAUUUCGCUGACAUUGACCUCAACUUCGAUAUGGGAGAACCCUUUAAGCCGUUUGAACAACUGUUGGCAGUACUUCCGGCCGCCAGCAAAGACUUACUGCCCAAAGCCUUCGAACCGUUGGUAACAAAUCCUAAUUCCCAACUCAUAGACUAUUAUCCACAAGACUUUGAGACCGACCAGAAUGAGAAACAACAGGCCUGGGAGGCAGUGGUUCUCAUCCCGUUUAUCGAUGAAAAGCGUCUCUUGAAUGCAGUCAAAGAACUUGAACGACGCUUAACGCCCGAAGAGGUGAAUCGCAACCGUCACGGACCGCAUCUCGUGUUCACUUAUAGCGAAAAACAAUUGGACAGAUUUCCGUCACCCAAUCGGUCCGUAUUUCCCGAGAUUGUCAUAAAUCACGGCCGAUGUUUGGAUGUGCCCUUAAAUGGCUUCAGAAUCCCAAUCGACGACAUCCACAAAGGACUGCCAAACGGAGUCAAAUUGGAUGUAUAUUUCGCUGGUUUCCCAACACUACAACACAUCCCUCACGAGGCGGUCAUCAGGAAAGAGAGGGUCCGAGUGUUUGAAUCGGCGUCAAUGGGAGAGAACAUGAUGUUAGUGGUGAACAACGAUACGGAGUACGACAUCGAGUGUGUGGCCAAACACUACUUGAAUAAAACCGUUUUCGUCAAUUGGCCGCAUCUCUUGGAGGCGAAGGUAUUUCAGGUGUCGAACGCCGACCACAAGUACACCAUUGCUAACACACGUGUCGUUCGCGAAGACGUCGAGCCCGACGAGUAUAAUGUGAAUUGUAUUCGCAUUAAGUCUAUCAUUAAGAGAUGCAAAGAGAGAUGGGGUAUAAUUGUGGGUCAGCCCGACGUUGUGCUACACGUCUACCCAAUGACUGGACGUAAAUAUAUUCACGGAGUGAAAGGAAGGGUCACUUUAGAGAAGCAAUGGUCUCGUCAACCGAUGAUGUGUCCGAUUCAGUUGGUUGUCAAAGAACUCAAUACAUACGAGAAUAGUUACCAACAGUUCCAGACCAUUGAUGAGAUGUACCCAACGGGCGCCAAAUGUUUCCCAAUCGUCAACCCUUACUACGGGUCAGAGGCCCGAGUGAUUGACUGCCACACAAACAAUGGUGUCAUUAAUGUGGAGGUAUUGCCGCAAUUGGAACCCGAUUUGAGAGAAAUUCAAGACAGAGCUCACGAGAUAAUACACGAGAGAUAUGUUCCCAAUUAUGUGUUAUCGCAAAGACUUGGUAUAAGUGGACAUCUAUUGUCUCGGAUUACGGGAACUAUCUUUGUAUUGCCGGCGAAUGAAAAACAAAGAAAGAUAAACAUUGGGUUGAAUUUGAAAUUUAACUCAAGGAAUGAAGAAAUUCCCGGCUAUUCCAUCAAACGCGAUGAUAAUUGGCUCUUCUCUGACAAGAUUUUUAAGAUGAUGGAAGAAUACUUAACUAAAUUUCCAUUCAUUUUUGAGAGACUCUCCUCUUGUGUCGAAAAAGACUUCUUCACUGCCGAUGACUUAAUCCCGGGAGAGAACAAAGGAAAGACUUUGGAAACGAUACAGAAUUGGUUGAGAUCUCUGCCAUCGGCGGGAGAGAAGCGGCAGAAAUGUAACGCAGAAAUUCUCGAUGAAUUCAUUGUCGAAGCCAUUGAGGAUGUGAUCAAUACUCAUAUCGUGUUUCCUAAGGAAAUUCCACCCGUUAUGGAGACAUAUAAACCGAACCAAUUGUUUCGUCCGAUCCAUUACUUGGGUUACUCUCUGCCCGACCCGAAGGCCGCGUACAACCUCUUCGACCGCGUGGUUAACAUUCGAAGCGGUAUUUCAGUGCCAUUGGGAGCGAAGGGCACUGUAAUUGGCAUAUAUGAUGACGAGACGAAUGAAGUGAACACUUUGUACGACAUUGUGUUUGACGAAGAAUUUGUGGGCGGAUUGACGUUGAGAUGCACUCCUGGCAAAGGAUACAAACUCUCGCCCGCGAACCUCAUUAACAUCACAUACGGACUGAAAUUGUCGGGAAAAUACGAACAAUUUGUCGGUUCGGGUAAACCCUUGCAAACGAGACCUCAGACCAAACAAGCGGCUCAUCAGACCCGACAACAACAGCGCGACUUUGAGAACUACUGUCAAUACGGUUCGCCGGCCGGCAAAGGAGUAGUUCGACAACGACCUCAAACCAUAGCGCCGUUCGGCAACACAAACGUAUCCAAUACUCAAACAGCAAUUUCCAUACAAACACUAAACCACUCGAAAACAUCUCCCUUUCAGUCGCCGAAACACGAGUCCCAUAAGAGCGACGAAUUCCCGCCAAUGAUGGAUGACUUGUGGAGUAAAUUAGCGAAAAUGAAUACAAACGACAAGAACUUAAUGCCCACAAAACAAUCGUUCGCUUCGGCUGUCGUCGGAAAAGCACAGCCCGAACCUCAGAACCCGUCGGCUGAAGCGGUCAGACAUCAAAACGAUAGAAACAAAUCCGGCGCUAGAAAUAAGAGUCAAAGGAAUCCACAACAACCGAGAACCGAGAAUUUUGCGCAAAACAAAUCCUAUAAACAUAAGAUUCAAUUAAUCGAGAGUUUUAGGACAAUAUUAACCAACGCUUGCGAACGUUACUAUCAAUUAAAGGCCAAAUACGAAACAUACACUUUCGGACCCAUGAAAUCGAAUGCUCUGAAACUGACACUUCCGGACGGCAAGUAUUUCCAUACUCUCCACAACUCGCACAACACCGUUGAAGACGCGUCCGAAUGUCUGGCCAGAGAUGCGUUAAUGUAUAUCAAUCAGAGAUUUAACGCUAACAUUGAUUUAAGUCGUCCGCGAAAGAUGUUAUCGUCGCCGUCGUUCGUCGACCCCAACCAGUCGUCUCCCAAUCGGCUCCGAAUCGAUGAGAGUUCACUGCCGCGGCCGCCGACCAAUUGGAUUAAGACCAAUAGACCCAUGAAUCAGCCGUUCGGCAGACCGGCACCCGUUGUACAAAUUCCCGACUCAUUUGUUGAACAGAAUGAGAGAAUUCUCCAGCAGUUGCAAAAAGGGAACCCGUCUUACAAAGCAAACACAAACACCGGACAAAAUAAGGAGCGAAACAUUUCGCCAAAAAAGUUAUUCGACGCCAAAACUGAUAAUUUUGUGAACGUUUCGACCGAAGGAAAGUCCACUCAAAUGAGAAUAAUGCAGAAGAAAGUACCGAAUGAUAGCAUUAAUGAUAGUCAUCAACAGAAACGAAAUCCACAGAUGAACGCAGCGGUCAAUGCAUUGGGCGGUCAGUCGCCGUUCGCCAAUCAGUUUGUGCCCUUACAAGUGGCCCGAAAUAAUCAGUCGCACAAACAAUCGACGCCUCAGAAGAAUAGCCAUCAAUCAAGAGCUCGAAACCAGCCGAACGAA